CUAUAAGGUGUGAGGAUGUCACUGUCUAUUUCUCCAUGGAGGAGUGGGAGUAUCUAGAAGGACACAAGGAUCUCUACAGAGACGUGAUGAUAUCUAAUUACCAGACCCUCUGCUCACUUGAUAAAUCCCUGGUGAUAAAUACAGCCAAAGUGUGUAAUAUUCCUUUUUCCAAACAAUAUUAUAUGAAAGAAGAGAGAAUGGACUAUGAGACCAACCCAGCAGUGAGAUUAAAUGAGCCAAGAAGAGAAGAGAGAAAUGUUAAUGGGGAAUCAGGCUUAUGUGAAGAGUGGCAGAAGAGCAAAAAUCCAUCUACUAAUAUUAAGGAGGAAUCCGUACUACAUAAAGGAGUAAUUCUAACAGACACAGACAACAAUACUCCCAAGAACAAUACACCGGUAGAACAAACAUCUGUUUCUAUUAAGAAGGAAGAAAGCAAUAUCCCAGACACUGACAUUUAUAUAUCUAAUAAUACAGGUAUCAGCACAGAGCCGGAAAACAAUGGGAACACCUCAAUAAUUAAUAGAAGUGAAAGGGUCACAGUUGAUAAUAGUGCUACUUCAGUAUCUCAACAAUCAACACACUGCACACAUAAAAUGUAUACAUGUUCUGAUUGUCAUAAAUGUUUCACUGGUGACUCUGAUCUUAUUAAACAUCAGGGAAUUCCCAUAGUAAAGCAGUUCAAAUGUUCAGAAUGUGGUAAAUACUUUGCUUCUAAAUACAACCUUGUUGUACAUUCUAGAACUCACACUGGAGUUAAGCCAUUCCCAUGUUCUGAAUGUGGGAAAUGUUAUAGCUUUAAAUCACACCUUCUUACACAUCAGAGGAGCCACACAGGGGAGAAACCAUUCCCGUGUUCUGUAUGCGGGAAAACAUUUAGCCGUAACUCGCAUCGAAUUGCACAUCAGAAUGCCCACACAGGAGUGAAAUCCUUCUCGUGUUCUGAAUGUGAGAAAUGUUUUAAGUAUAAGUCACAUCUUAUUUCACAUCAGAAGAUUCACACAGGAGAAAAACCUUACCUGUGUUCUGACUGCGGGAAAUGCUUUAAUCGUAGAUCAAAUCUUGUAGAACAUCAGAGGAGUCACACUAGAGAGAAACCAUUCUCAUGUUCUAUAUGUGGGAAAUGUUUUAAAUCUAAUUCAUAUCGCAUAAGACACCAAAAUGCUCACACUAAAAAAAGCCUUGUGUUUUGAAUGUUGAAAAUGUGUUAAUGCUAAUUUAAUUCACAUUAAAUAUAUUGUACAGGACAGAAACUAUUUCAUGUUCCAUUUGUAAAAAAAAAAUAUUUUCUCGUAAAGGACCGUUUACUAAAUAAUAAAAGGAUUCAUUUUGUGUAGAAAAAAAUGAAUGGGAAGUGGUAUGGCUGCUAUUUCACAUCGAUGGGUUCUUCCUGAUCAGCUGCAAGCCGAUUUAUUCACAAAAAGUUGUUUUACACACCAAACUGUUU